GUGGUCUACCGGGGGAGGAGGAGCAUAAAUAAAUAAAUAAAUAAAAUAAAAAAUUGUGUAUUUUUGUAAUAUAACACUCCUUCUGCCCGAUGGAAGCGGCCGUCAACCUGCACCACGACAGCUCUCUGGUCGGGUUGUCCAGUGGCGGGAUGGAGCAACACAGCAGUUCGGGCAAACGCAUCCGCAAGCCCUCGCUGCUUUACGAGGACUUUGAGAGCCCGUCUCUGCCGCACACGAUGCCUCAGGGUCCUCCCGUCCCACCUCAGCCCCCAGUGAAGGAUCCCAACCGGCCGGGCCGCAUGACCAACCAGCUGCAGUUUCUCCAGAGGACCCUGAUGAAGUACCUGUGGAGGCAUCAGUUCGCCUGGCCUUUCCGUGAGCCGGUGGAUGCCUACAGGCUAAGCCUACCGGAUUACCAUAAAAUUAUCAAACAACCCAUGGACAUGGGGACCAUCAAAAAGCGUCUGGAGAACAACUUCUACCGCAGUGCUAGUGAGUGCAUACAGGACUUCAACACCAUGUUCACCAACUGCUACAUCUACAACAAGCCGACGGAUGACAUUGUACUGAUGGCUCAGCCCUUAGAGAAGAUCUUUCUCCAAAAGGUGGCCCAGAUGCCGGAGGACGAAGUUGAGCUGCCUCCUCCGGCUCCUCGAAGCAAGAACAGCAAGGGAAGAGGUCGCAAAUCUCACUCGAGGGCUCAGCAGGUACCAGCGGUGUCCCAGUCAGCCUACUCCCCGUCCUCCUCGGACACGGGGGAGUCCAUGCUGGCCAACUCUCCCCAGACUGUGCUGACCAAAAGCCUGCCUCCGGCCAACAUCAUGGGCCUGCCACCUACACAGCCCACGACCAAGAAAAAAGGUGUAAAACGUAAGGCGGACACCACCACCCCCUCCACCAUGGGCUUGAGUGUGGGCAUGUCGGGAGCAACGCACAUGGUCGGCCUGGGCAAAGGAGGCCACGGGGGCCAGGUCCACGACACCUCCAUGCACUCCAUCUCCAUGGGUGGCAUGGGCAUGGAGACCCCUCUCGGGAUGGGCCUGGUCCGGAGCCCCGGAGGUCCCGUCCUGCUCCAGCCAAUGAUGGCAGGCGGUGGACGCAGGGUGGGCAGCGGACGCCCCAUCAAACCCCCCAAGAAGGACUUGCCCGACUCUGUCCAGUCCCAGCCCUCUAAGAAGGGCAAGCUGAGCCCCCAGCUGAGGUACUGCAGCGGGCUGCUGAAGGACAUGCUGUCAAAGAAACAUGCUGCGUACGCCUGGCCUUUCUACACACCUGUGGACGCAACUGCACUGGGACUUCACGACUAUCACGACAUCAUUAAGUGUCCCAUGGACCUCAGCACCAUCAAGAGGAAGAUGGACUGUCGUGAAUACAGGGAUGCUCAACAGUUUGCUAGCGAUGUCAGACUCAUGUUCUCCAACUGUUACAAGUAUAACCCACCUGACCACGAUGUUGUGGGCAUGGCACGGAAGCUGCAGGAUGUGUUUGAGUUCCGUUUUGCCAAGAUGCCAGACGAACCACAUAUGGAUCACACAGCCAUGUCACUGAGUGGCAAUCCAUCAUCCUCGUCGUCCUCCUCUUCCUCCUCCUCGUCCUCCUCUUCCUCCACCUCAGAGAGCGAGCCCAGCAGUGAGAGUGAAGAGAGCGAGAGCAGCCCCAACUCAGACAGCGAGGAGGAGCGAGCUCAUCGCCUGGCUGAGUUACAGGACCAGGUGUGCACACAACUCAGAGCCAUGCACGAGCAGCUGGCUGCCCUCUCCCAAGGCCCCAUCAUCAAGGCCAAGAAGAAGAAGGAGAAGAAGGAGAAAAAGGAGAAAGAGAAGGAGAAGAAGAAAAAGAAGAAGCUGGAGAAGCGAAGUCGAGCCGUCAGAAGCCGAGCUGACUCUGAGGAAUGGAAGAUGCCCGGCAAGAUCCUGAAAACAAAGUCUGCCAGAGCAGGAGGCUCCCAGCCCAAGAAGAGCCAGGGGAAGAAGAGUAACAAGAAUAGCAAGACCGCAAAGAAGCCGUUCUACCCUCCUCCGCCCACCUCCAUGCUGCCGCACUACGACUCUGAGGAGGAGGAGGAGAUCGUGCCCAUGACUUACGACGAGAAGCGCCAGCUGAGCCUCGACAUCAACAAGCUGCCGGGGGAGAAGCUGGGUCGCGUGGUCCACAUCAUUCAGUCCAGGGAGCCGUCCCUGAGGGACACCAACCCCGAGGAGAUCGAGAUCGACUUUGAAACGCUCAAACCGUCGACACUGAAGGAGCUGGAGCGCUACGUCAUGACCUGCCUGAGGAAGAAGCCCCGUAAGCCGUACGGAGAACAAGGCCCAGCAGGAAAGAAAGGCGGCGUUGUGAAGUCUAAAGAGGAGCUGACUCUGGAGAAGAGGAGGGAGCUGGAGAGGAGGCUGCAGGACGUCAGCGGGCAACUCAACUCUGUCAAGAAACCUGCCAAACCUAAAGUGGAGAAGCCCAGCGCUGUAGAGACUCACACCGAGGCCACGCGCCUCAGCGGCAGCAGCUCCAGCUCCGACUCCUCUUCCUCCUCCUCCUCCUCCUCGUCCUCAGACACCAGUGAUUCAGACUCUGGUUGAGAUCCUCAGCACGGGGCUGAGAGAAAGAAGAAAAAAACACAAAAAAAAAAACACUAAUAACUCAGGGACUUGGGCUGGCCCAGGACACAACACACCCUGAAACAGUAGUGGGCUGAGAUAUUAGUUACCGAGGCGUAAAAACACUCCAAGUGGACUCGUAAAAUAUUUGAAUGUGGGACUGAGGGGAUGUGAAACAACAUCUCUGUGGAUAAUCGUAGAAAAAAACACUAAAUGCCUUGGUUUCCCCCUCCUCCCCUUUUUGUAAAUACUUGUACAAAUUUAUGUUUCUUUUAUAAAGAAGAAUUUUAUGGUGAUCCCCCAAAGAGGGAGGCGGAGUAAUUUAAAAAAAUAAAUUAAAAAAAAAAAAGGAUGUGGAAAGACGGGCUUUACUCCAAAUCUGAUUUGGCUGGCCUUCCGCUGUGUCCUCUGUGGUGAGAAAACUGAAGAGUGUUUAUUUAUUUGUGUUCUUCACCAACAUUUCCUCGGACGUUACUGGAGUUUGAACCAGCAACCUUUGUGGUCUCAAGCCUUGCUUUUCUAUCAUGUGGCCUCCUGCCACGCUUCAUUUUUUUUUUUUUUUUUUUUUUUAGAUCGACCCCCUAGACUCAGCCUUAAUCUUCCAGAUUGUUGAUAACGAUUACAUUAUUUCAAAAAAAUAAAUAAUACAAAGCUCUUAUAUUCCUAUUGAGCAGUUUAGAAAAGAAAAGCUCUGGUUUCUGCCAUUUUCAGGUCAACGUUUGAAGUCUGUUACAGUUUGAGUUCUGGAUCAUUCCUCUUUUAUGUUUACACAAAUUGUUCUUGCAUUUCAAUCCCACUUUAAACUUCAUGCUGUCGUCUGGUUUUUUUUUUUACAGCAUGUAUUUCUUAAACAAAGUGGGUUUAUAGUACAGUAUAGAAAUGGCUUUACGUACUGUAUUUACAAAGUUUGCAAUGAAGUAACAUAAUCAUUCAGUUUGUAAUGAUUUUGAUGUGACACUAUUUGCAAAGUCUUCAGUAUUUUUUGGAAAAUCAGCUCUUUACUAUUCAACUUGGAUAUUGUCCUCAACGUUUCUCCUCAUCACAUCAGACUGUAACUGAAGUGUGUGUUUAUUUUAAUACGAGCUGAACACUUCUGGGAAUUCUGAAUGUUAUCGGAUUAUAGUGCAGGUUUGUAAUUUCCACAAUAGUCUCCUGAACAUGUGACGUUUUGCAUCUGUAGCACUUAGAGAAACUCAGUGACGGUUUCUUAGAGAACUCUCUCGGCUGCUCUGCACUUAGUGGAACAGAUGUUGUUGAUUGAAUAACCCCGUAAAGAGACAACAAAGUCCUCGUACCCCCAUGCAUAGUUGAAGCUAUUGUUGAAUGUUCAGUGAAAGAAUAUAUGCUUGUAUAUACUUAAACUGUAUUUGCUGUUGCACAAACUAUUGUAUUUCUGCUGUUCGGUCCUUUCUUUCUUAUCUUGUUUUCCUUUUUUUACAUGCUGUUAUUUCUCAUUCCAGUUUACGGUCUUAGUUGAGUUCACUCUCUCUGAAACAUACCUUUCAUUUGACAAGUGUGUUUAUUAAAAUAUUCU